AUGUUCCAAAGAACCAUCCUUGGAUCCGGGAUAUGUGCUAAGUUACACAGACAAGCUCCUCGGGUCCUUGUAUCUGGAUUUGGUACUCCGAUCAGUGGGGUUUCCGAGUUUCCACAGAAUGCCCGUGCCUUUUCCGGUGUUAUCCGUUCCUCGAUUUUUGGAACCAUGGGCACCAGACUCGACUCACCCAGCAUAUCUAAUAAUCUCUCCUCAACAUAUGCUCUAAAUUUCAAGAGUUCCAUUCACUUCGGUAAACCAGCCGAAGAUGUGGCAGGAAGAACCACUCCCUUGAGGUCCUUGGAUUACGUCAAGGGAUUGCUCAACGAGAGGCGGAGUAAUGACUCGAACCCGAGGCGCCUGCCACAGCAGCCCCCUCGUGCUGACUCGUUCCGUGGCAAACUCCAAGAGAGAGGGAACAGCUUCAACGGGCGGGCCCCGCUCUACCAGCAGCCUCAGUUGGAGGCUAAUGCGGACAUUGUCCACAUAAAACUGAUGCGAAACAACUCCUUCGUGACAGUCACGGACUCCAAGGGAAACAAGAAGUUUGGUGUCACGGCCGGACAGCUGGCGGGCAAGGGUGGCAAGCUGGGCCGUUACUCGGGUGAAGCGGCCGCGGAGAAUGUAGGGCGGAGGGUGAGGCAGAUGAAAACAAGGUCAGUGGUCGUGAAGGUGAAUGGGUUCACGUUUUUCAGGAGGAAGAAGGAUGCUAUCCUGAGCUUUAGGGACGGGUACUCGAACUCGAGGAGUGAUGUGAACCCAGUCGUUUAUCUCGAAGACACGACCCGUAAGCCGCACAAUGGUUGCCGUCGCCCCAAGAAACGCCGCAUCUGA